AUGGGCCGAUUUUCAUGUAACAAUCCGGCAUGUCGCUCAACAGGAUGGUCGAGCAAGAAGAUCGCCACAAGAAUACGUCUUUACCGAGGCAGUAAAUACAACGCCAAGAUUUAUCACCAACGAUGCAAGUCUUGCAACUGGCUCAGUCAGCCUCAGCUGGAUGAUUCGUAUGCCGAGCGAGUUGUCUACUGGCUCAAACGAUGGAACGGACUGGAUGUUGAGGGUUUCCAGGGGUUCGAUAAGAGCAAAGGUCCGCAUGACAGCCAGCGCUGUGAAGGAUGUAAAGCCGGGCACUGCUCUAAGUCCAGCGAGGAUGACUGGGAGGGAGCACUAGAGAGAUUCACGUUCUAG